CCAGCAGCUGAGAUGGCGGUGGCGGCUCCGUGCUCUUGUGGCUGCACUGGCUCCAAAGGUUCCUGUGCUCUGGCAGCGACAGCAUUGGUUGCCAUCGGCGGCAGCUGUGUUAGCUGCAACAUUUGUGGCCUUGGAGUUUUCGGUGGCAUUGCCUCCGCCGGCGGUUCCUGGGGCGUGGGCUUUGGCUCUGGUGGCUCCGGUGCUGUUGGCGUUGGCGGCGUCUCCUGCAGCGGCUCCAUUGGCUCCUGUUGCGUUGGCAUUGGUGGCGGCGAAACUACAGCCGCUGUAGCUCAAGCGGAGGAGACAGAGGCGGUGGCAGAGGCAGCAUUGGCUGUGGCUUCAAAGUUAGCGUUGGCAGCUCCAGUGACAGCUAAAGCAGUGGCCCUUAGUACUGCUCCUGCUGCAUUGGUGGCGGCGGCACCCCUGUGGCUAUUCCUAUGCUUCUGACUCAUGAAGGCUUCUGUGGUAGUGGUGGCUUGGAAAAGGAAGCACACUAUUAGUUAGCUCAGGUGUUCCGCCUUUACUUCCAUUUUCGUUUCAGGAGGCGUGGUGGCACUCAGUUCAUAAUUUUGGGCCAAUAGUGUUGCUCCUUUUUCCAAACACUUAUUAGCAUAACCGUGAACCAAUGGCAUUGACCCACACACUGGCUGCAAGCUGCCCUGGUAUCUUCCAGGCAGGUCUUUGGCUGAGUGGGCAGAACCUGCUAUCAAGAGCUGCUUGGCUGCAGAGGUUUGUCACUUAGGAAGAAAACACUCGCCAGUACAAGCGGAAAAACUCUACUUUCACUACAGGGACGUUUUAGCAAGUGGCUGCUAACUUGCAGAAGAUCAUAGAUGAUCCCAAAGCUUUAAAAACAUUGACAUUUAAUUUGGUAAGUGGGAAACUAUAGAAAAAGGGUAAUAUUUUGCCAUAUUGAUGACAUCAACAAUUAAGAAUAUAGUUUAAUAACCCCUUCUGUAAUUUUGAUGUUGUUUUGGGAUCGAUGUUUGCUUUCAUCAUUACUUUUCUUAAGUAUAUUGGAACAUUGUCUGAUCAUGAGUAGACAUUUCCUAUGUCAUGAAUAUCCUCAUUCUUCCAAAAACACAUCUUUGACUAAAUUGUGGACAUUUAGGAAUUGUCAAGCCUGUAUGUUCAUUUGGCUUUUAGUUUGUAUGGCAACUUGACAUAUAUAUAAAAUUAAAGUCAUUUCAAAGCAACACUAUUACUAAAGCUUUCACGAGGUGAAAGGCAGGCGAUUCUAACUUUAAAAACUAGAGGCUGAUGGUUGUGGAAAUGGGUUAGGUAAUUGGAAAUGAUUGAAGAACAGCUCUCCAAAGGCUACUGAACAAAAACAUCACCCUUUAUACUCACUUUUCAAAUCACAAUACAGGUUUUUUUUUUUAGUGAGCAGAUAUUCCAAUAGUUUUUAUGUACUCAUAGAUUUUAAAUUGAAAGUCUGGAUGGCUGCAGAGCUACAGAAUCCUAGGGUAAUUGUGAGGAGAAGAGAUGAUGGUCAUGGCUGGAAAUAGAGAAGACCAGAUAUUCAAAAUUGACUCCUGAAAGUUUUAGCAAACAGUACUUUAAGGCGGAAUAACUGGCUCAUUUUAAAAUUAUGAAUUAAUCUUGUAAAGAGCCAAUCAGAAUGCCACAAACAAUUUAGGAUUUGGAUUACUAGCAUUUUGCUGUACACAAUGUAUAUUAGGUAAGCUGUCUUUUUUGUCUCUUGUGAAAAUUAAGUGGAAAAUGUGUGUGGCCAAAAAUGCUAAAUGACCAGUUAUAGUAAAUGUGAGCCUAGUGCUAAUUAACUUUCUGGCUCUUGCUUCUCAUUUAAUUUCAGAUAACUAGACUGUGUGAUAAGAGAAAAAAACAAUUUUCACUGAAAGAGUGAAUCUGAAUACAUUAUUUUUCUUUUGUUAAUAAGAGAACAUUUUCUUCAAGACAGAGUGCUAGGUUAACAAUUUGCCAAAUCCAUGGUUGGGAACUAUAUUCUCACUUCUACUGUGUUUCUAAUUUACCUGUGAUAUAAAUGUUCCUAUAUUAAUUUAUUAUACCAUUUCCAGAACACUUCUCUGAUUUUGGAUAUGGGUUGAAAUAAGCAUUUGAAGUUUUCACACUGGCUACUGUACUGUCUGUAUGUAAACAAGAAGAAUAAUGUAACACUCUCCCUCAUCUCCUUCUCCUAUCAAUUCAUAAGUUUACUACAGUCUAUUGUGAUGAUGAUUCUCCUCAACUUCUCCAUUUCCAGAACCUUAGCAGAACACUGUAAUCUGCAGAAAUUGGUCCCUCUGCUGACACUUGGCCAGUACCCAGCACUGUGUAUGUACCCUCUGUGGCUGUAAUCAGAGUAAUCCUUCUGCAGUUCUAAAAGGUCCCAAAGAUGUUUAUAGCUCUCCUUUCACAAACUCACACCCUUAAACAUACCUCAAAGCCCUCCCUGAUCAGACCUACCUUUAGAUCCCUGUGCACUUUGUCUCUGAUCGAGGGUCCCUUUAUGCCUUGGGAACCCAAGGCUCAGUGUGUUAAACGCGGCCAGGACCACAACCUGGAAGCUGCAGAUUCAACUCCAGUCUAGCUUCACAGCCCUUAUUGAUCUCCCCUGAGGCAGGCCCCCUGUCUCAUGGUUACAGUGCCUAGUGUAUGUCCAUGAGAAUACUUGCUUCACAUGAGAAUACUUGGUUCAAGUAAGAUAAAAAAUGAGUUGUCUAAGAUGAGAACUAUAUCUGAGAUAGCAGGGUUAUGAUGUGCUAUUUUACGUAUCUGUUAAAAUUUGUCCAUCUGGGCCAGCAAGACCCCCAGAUGAUAAAGUAUCAGCUUUUGUAAAAUAAAAUAUCAGCGUAUGUAAAAUAAAAUGCAUAGUUAAAACAACUGUAUUUAUUUGGAUUUUUAAAUUUUUUUUAUUAGUUUUGAUGAACCUUUGUUUUAUUUACCUAUUUAUAUGUGGUGCUGAGAAUUGAACCCAGUGCCUCAUAAAUGCUAGGCAAGCUACCACUGAGCCACAACCCCAGCCCUCAUUUGGCUUUUUUUUUUUUGUAAAAAUUAUAACACUAAAUUCAUACAAAUACAUAUUUAUAUGUAUAUGUAUAUACAUACACACACACUCACACACGCACACACAUACACACACACUGUCACCACACUGUAAAACAAAUUAAUAGUGCUAAGGUAAAUUGCAUCCCAUGGAUUACAUAUGUUUUAAAUUUUAUACUACAUUAGCCAUAAAAAUACAUCUAUUUAGUAUUUAAAUUAUUUUUAAUGCAUAAUUUAAAACAACAAAGGAAAAGCAGACAAAUAAAAUUGUCAGCUUUUGUUUUAAAAAUUUGCUUAGCUGUCACUUUCUGAACUUUUCUGUACCAGGUGUUUCAAAUCAUGUUAGAUUCAAAUAUUACAGUUGUGUGUUUCAUAUAACUUUCCUCUGAGUUACACCAUUCACAAUUCCAGAAUACAUUCUAUAAAUUUGAUUUUGCCCUUAAUAAUUUACUGUGCUGGAAGUUGUAUCAAAAUAAGUUAUAGAAGCCAAUUGACAUUUAUACUAUCAAAUAUGCCUCAUAUAUGAAAUAAAUAUGAUGGAUUUAUGAUUCUUAGAAAACAUACAAUUUUGUUAAAAGUUAAAAUUUAGUAUCCAGGAUUUUAUGCCAAUACUAAAACCUGUGAUCAAAAGCUCAUGUAACAAACCAUGUCAGAAUGAAAUAUUUGCCUGAAUAUUUUCAUAACUUCUUUAUGAAAAUGUAAACUGUACAUUUUCUAAAAUAGUGAGACAGGCAAAUUUUGUUUCCCCUAAUAUCCUUCAUAUUUUUAAAUAUAUGUAUUCAAAGACUUUUAAUGAAUUUUCAAUACUAUAUUUUCAUGUAAAGUGAAAAUGAGGAACAUACUCAGACUUAAUUUAAAUUAAUAAAUUAAUGAAAUAUGAACAAUUGCUGGAAUUUGUAAUAAUUCUUGUGAAACGCAUGU